CUCAAAGGGGUCCGACGGAAACAACAGCAAGAAGAACAAGCACCUCCAGCCACCGCGAAUCUGGUACUCAAAAGGGGAGGAUUUCCUUCGAGAGGGGGACAGUCCGCGAAAGAAUAGUCCCUUUGCUCCUCUGAAGGAGUCAUUUGGAGGUACGGUUCGAAGAUGGAGGAACACCACCCAGCUGGCCUCACUGCAGAAACAGGCCCGAAUGCCAUCAAGUGUGAAGGAAGUGGGGAAUUCUGGGAAAGGACAGUGCCAAAAUUCCUGGGUGAGGACAUUGUCAGCUUAGAUGUCCAGUGCCAGCACUUCAGGCAGUUCUGUUACCAGGAGUCCCAGGGGCCCCAAGAUGCUUACAGCCAACUCCACGAUCUCUGCCAUCAGUGGCUGAAACCAGAACACCGUACAAAAAGCCAGAUUUUGGAUCUGGUGAUCUUGGAACAAUUCCUGACCAUCCUGCCCACGGAGAUGUCAGCUUGGGUGAGAGAAUGUGGAGCAGAGAGCAGUUCCCAGGCAGUGGCCCUGGCCGAAUAUUUUCUUCUGAGUCAGGCUGAGGACAAGAAGUUGGAGGAACGGGUGACACUGUUUCCUCUGGGUGUCUGUAAGACCGAGGUUGAAGAUCUCCCUGUGACUGGUCCAUCUGAUUUCCCUGCAGUAGAGAGGGCUCCAUUGGACACCAGGCUGAGUCUCCAGUGGAGGGAGGCAAUUCCUGAGGGGGACAAGGGUGCCACUCUGCAGGUGCCCAAACCUGAGCUGAUGUGUGAAGGGGAGCAGAGGAAGGAGCUGUGGCUGCCAGAUGUGAAGGAUGUGGAUGAAGCAGAAAUUUUGGAUACUGAAUCAGGCGAUUCACCAGAUAGUAGGAAGAAGACUAACGUAUGCAUCAGAAGUGAGAAGUGCUUUAGGCACAAACUAGUUCUGACCAGAUAUCACACAGAAGAUAAAAGUUUCACCGGAGAGAAGCUCUACAGAUGUAUAAUUUGUGGGAAAUGUUUUGCCCAGAAGAUGGGACUUAUGCAUCACAAGAGGGUCCGUCCAGCAAAGAAAGGCUUUAGACAGGAGGUCUCUGGGAAGUGUUUUGAUUAUUCAUCCUACCGUAUGAGCCGCCAGAGAGUUCAGACUGGGAAGAAACUACACAAAUGCCAGGAGUGUGGAAAAUGGUUCACUUGGAAGUCAGAUCUAGUGAGACAUAAAAGAAUCCACUCAGGAGAGAAACCGUACAAAUGCCAGGAGUGUGGGAAACAUUUUGCUUUCAGUUCAUCCCUUGUUAUGCAUAAGAGAUUUCACACAGGUGAGAAACCAUAUAAGUGCCAGGAGUGUAAGAAAUGUUUUACUUGCAGUUCAAACCUUCUAAGUCACCAGAGAGUCCACACAGGAAAGAAACCAUACAAAUGCCAAGAGUGUAAUAAAAGUUUUGCUCACAAUACACAGCUUCUGCGUCACAGGAGAUUUCACACAGGGGAGAAACCAUACAAAUGCCAGGAGUGUGGUAAAUGCUUUUUUUGCAAUUCAAGCCUUCUGGUGCAUCAGAGAUUCCACACAGGAGAGAAACCAUAUAAAUGUCCAGAAUGUGGGAAGUCUUUUGCUAAGAAUUCAAACUUUCUGGUGCAUCACAGAAUUCAUACUGGAGAGAAACUACACAAAUGCAAAGUGUGUGGGAAAUGCUUUCCUUUCAAUUCAAGCCUUGUGAGUCACCAAAGAUUCCACACAGGAGAGAAACCACACAAAUGCCAGCAGUGUACAAAAAGCUUUUCUCGAAAGUCAACUCUUGUGAAUCAUCAGAGAGUCCAUACAGGUGAGACACCACACAAAUGCCGGGAGUGUGGGAAAUGCUUUACUCAAAAUUCAGACCUUGUAAAGCACCUGAGGGUUCACACUGGAGAGAAACUAUACAAAUGCCAGGAGUGUGGGAAAUACUUUGCUCGGAAAUCAAGCCUUGCAGUUCAUCAAAGAAUCCAUACAGGAGAGAAACCAUAUAAAUGCCAGGAAUGUGGCACAUGUUUUACUUGUAGUUCAUCCCUUCUGAGUCAUCUGAGACUCCACAGAGGAGAGAAACCACAUAAAUGCCAAGAGUGUGGGAGAUGUUUUUCCCGGAAAUCAAAUCUUGUGAGUCACCAGAGAAUUCACACUGGAGAGAAGCCACACAAGUGCCAGGAAUGUGGGAAAGGUUUUACUUUCCGCUCCUCCCUUGUUCGUCAUCUAAGACUCCACACAGGAAUUAAACCACACAAAUGCCAGGAGUGUGAGAAAUGUUUUGCUCAGAAAUCAGAUUAUGUGAAGCAUCAAAGAAUCCACACAGGGGAAAAACCGUACAAGUGCCUAGUGUGUGAAAAAUGUUUCGCCUGGAAGUCAGAUCUUGUGACUCACCAGAGAGUCCACACUGGAGAAAAACCAUACAAAUGCCAGGAAUGUGGAAAAUGUUUUGCUUGCAGCUCAAACCUUCUUACUCAUCAAAGAGUCCAUACAGGAGAGAAACCAUACAAAUGCCAAGAAUGUGGGAAAGUGUUUGCUGAUCAUUCAUACUUUGCAAAGCAUCAGAGACUCCACACGGGAGAGAGACUGUUCAAAUGUCAAGAAUGUGGAAAACGUUUUGCUGAAAAGCAAGAUCUUGCAAAGCAUCAAAGAAUCCACACAGGAGAGAAACCAUACAAAUGCCAGGAAUGUGGGAAAUACUUUGCCAGCAGCGCACAGGUUGUCAGCCACCAGAGGCGCCAUACAGGAGAAAGACCAUUCAAAUGCCAGGAGUGUGGUAAAGGUUUUGUUUGCAAUUCGCAUCUUGUAAGGCAUCUGAGAGUUCACACAGGUGAAAAACCAUAUGGAUGUCAGGAAUGCGGGAAAUAUUUUACGCAAAAACAAGAUCUUGUAGGCCAUCAGAGAAUCCAUACAGGGGAGAAACCAUACAAAUGCCCAGAAUGUGAAAAAUGUUUUGCUCGUCAUUCACUCCUUACCAAGCAUCAAAGAGUUCACACCAGACAGAAACCCUAGAAAUACCUGGACUGUUAAAAAGGCUUUGCUUUCUAGACAGACCUUAUGACUCAUCUGGAGCCUGUGCAGGAGAGAAAUCAAAGAAAUAGUCAAGAAUGUGGGAAAGGUUUUGCUUGCAACUCAGACCUUGUGACACAUCAGAGGAUUUACACAAGGGGAAAGCCAUACAGAUGCCAAGAGUAGAGGAGUGUUUUGCUGACUGUUUCUAUUUUGCAGCAUGUAACAGAAUCCAUACAAAAUUAAAAAAUGCCAGGACUGUGACCUGUGUAUUGCUUAUGGGUCAGCCUUAUGAUUCAUCGUGGAGUCAGCACUGGAGAGGAACCAUGCAAAUGACAUGAAUGUGGGAAAUAAUUUUCUUGUAGUUCACAGAGGGUCAGCCACCAUACAACAUACAGAAGGGGACAAAUACCAAUACCAGGAGCAUAGGAAAUGCUUUGCUCACCUGUAAGAUCUUAACGAAAAGCAGAAAACUCAUACAGUGGAAUUAAACUAUUCUAGACCUGAGCAGAGAGGUUGAGGACAGAGGGAUUUGUCUCAUCCACAGGGCCUCCAUGCAUUGAAGUUGACUUGAAGGCAGCUAACAUCUAGGGGAAAGUUCUGGUCCUUACUCACUCUUAAUGUUUAUUUGCAAAUCUAUUCCAGAGAUAGAACUCAUCAGUCUGCUCAGUUUAGGAAAUGUUUUUUGGGCUAAUCAGAGCAACUGUGCAAAAUUCCAUGUUGAAAUUAAAGGCUUUCAGAAGGGGCAAAGUGUGGCAAAUAACAGAUGUUGCAACUUGUGAAUCCUUGGCAAAGUCUCUUCACGAUUGAAUGUUUCAGAGUAUGCUGGAGUGCCUUGUCACCUGCGGAGUGGACAAACACUGCACCAUUUAGGAUUGAGGAUACUUUGAGAGAGAGCAACUUGCCCAAGGGUCUGAACCCUGUUCUCCAGAGUUGUAUUUCCAGCACUCAAGCCACUACACCACACUAGCUUUCUUAAUAGAAUAAAUUUGAUACACUGCCUUGAUUAGAAUAAAGAAUUAGAAUAUUUUAUACAAUAUAAUCAAUUAAAACCGAACUUGGUUUUUUUUAUAUGCAAUAUUUCUUUAAAUCAUGGGUGGGCAACAUGUAGUCCCCAAAUCCCAUGAUUCCUCAAGUCUGGUCUAAAAUAAAUCCAUCCGUUCACGAUUCCUUAUCAUUGACUAUACUUGAUACAACUGAUGGGAGUGGGAAUCUAAUACCGUUUGGAAAGCCAUGAGUUGCCCCGCUUUAGAUUAAAAAUAAGGCUUCUCACACAAAAAUGACAUGGGUGGCUGUUGGAUACCACUUCUUCCUUUUGGGAAAAAGCUGGUUGAGGGUUUUGUUUUGCUUUUGGUGGUCUAGAGCACAUAAUGCCCGGCACUCUGUUAGUGGCAGAUAUAUACCAUGUAUCAGUGGUUCCCAAACCUUUUUGGGCUGUUGUCCGCCUUUGCUCUUGGACGGCAACUUUAGCAGUGGCAUCAGUAGGGAGGUGAAGGGGGUGCAUACUGCAACAGGUGACACCCUAAGAGUGGGGUGGCACCACUGCUCCUCACACACCUACCUUUUGGCAGAAACUGUGUGUGGCAUUCACCUGCUUCCCUU